GCCCAGAAGAUUAGGAGGAAGUUGGAUCCGUCACUGGAGGCCAGAGUGAACGUGCAGAGACAGUCGGUCAUUUUGGAGCAAGAGUACAAGAUGAAAGCGAUGAGGGUGAGGAGGCGGUCACGGAGCUAUGCGGGACAGCAUCACUGACUGUGGAGGAAGAGGAGGAGGAGAAGGAGGGACGUCGUGCGCGCGCCCUCCCCGCCGGAGAGCGCUGAUUCACGGCUCGGCGGCGGAGCGAGAGCCGCUGCGAGCAUCCAUCACCGCUCCGCUCAGUCCCGCCAGACGGGAGGAGGUUCUGUGGGUAGGAGGACAUCACCGCCAACACCACCACCACCACCACCACCAUUACCACCACCGUCACCAGAGAACCAAGGUGGUCGAAGUUAAGGCCCAGUGCUGGAUUGCAGUGCAGUAAGACCCUUGAGACCAAGGAGGGUGCAUGGAGGGCUCCAGGCUUCUAAGUCCGGGGUGGUUGGCCUGCCUCUGGUUUGGACUGGGCUCGGCAGCGGCCCGGGCCACCCCGAGCUCGCCGCUGAGCCCCGACAACGCAACUUGCUCGGGGAACUCCAAGUGCAGGCCCGGCAUCAUCCUGCCUAUUUGGUACCCAGAGGACCCGUCCAUGGGCGACAAGAUCGCGCGGGUUAUCGUGUACUUUGUGGCCAUGAUCUACAUGUUCCUGGGUGUGUCCAUCAUCGCUGACCGCUUCAUGGCAGCCAUCGAGGUCAUCACGUCCCAGGAGAAGGAGGUGGUCAUCCGGAGGCCAAAUGGCGAGACCACCACGGCCACCAUCCGCGUGUGGAACGAGACGGUGUCCAACCUCACCCUCAUGGCGCUGGGAUCCUCCGCCCCGGAGAUCCUGCUGUCCAUCAUCGAGGUCUGCGGGCAUGAGUUCAAAGCUGGCGAGCUGGGGCCGUCCACCAUCGUAGGCAGUGCUGCCUUCAACAUGUUCGUCAUCGUGGGCCUGUGCGUGUCUGUCAUCCCCCAGGGCGAGGUGCGCAAAGUCAAGCACCUCCGGGUGUUCUUCAUCACGGCUGGCUGGAGCAUCUUUGCAUAUAUUUGGCUCUACAUGAUCCUGGCUGUCUUCUCACCCAACGUGGUGCAGGUUUGGGAGGGCCUCCUGACGCUAGCCUUCUUUCCCAUCUGCGUGCUGCUGGCCUGGGUGGCCGACCGCCGACUGCUCUUCUACAAGUUCAUGCGCCGGAGGUACCGUUCCGACAAGCACCGUGGCGUCAUCAUCGAGACUGAGGCGGAGGGCUCCUCCAAGGGCAUCGAGAUGGACGGGAAGAUGGUCAACUCCCACUUUAUGGACGGCGGCGUCAACCUGAUGGGCCCGGCAGAGGGUAGGGAGGCAGACGAGUCCCGCCGUGACAUGAUCCGCAUCCUCAAGGACCUAAAGCAGAAGCACCCGGAGAAGGAGCUGGACCAGCUGGUGGAGAUGGCCAACUACUACGCUCUGUCCCACCAGCAGAAGAGCCGCGCAUUCUACCGCAUCCAAGCCACGCGCAUGAUGACGGGCGCCGGCAACAUCCUGAAGAAGCACGUGGCCGAGCAGGCUAAAAAGUGCACCAGCAUGGCAGAGGUGCGCGUGGACGAGCCCGAGGAGUACGUGUCACGCGUGGCCUUCGAGCCUGCCACCUACCAGUGCCUAGAGAACUGCGGUGCUGCCAUCCUCACCGUCACCCGGCGGGGCGGCGAUAUGGGCAAGACCGUGUGCGUGGACUACAAGACGGAGGACGGCUCGGCCAAUGCGGGCGCUGACUACGAGUUCACUGAGGGCACGCUGGUCUUCAAGCCCGGCGAGACGUUGAAGGACAUCAGCGUGGGCAUCAUCGACGAUGACAUCUUUGAGGAGGACGAGCACUUCUUCGUGCGCCUGGGUAACCUGCGCGUGCUGGAGACAGAAGAGGAGCUGCUGUCCGCAAACAGCCUGCCGUACCCCAAAGCGGCGCUAGGCUUCCCCGCCGUGGCCACUGUCACGAUCCUGGAUGACGACCACGCCGGCAUCUUUACCUUUGAGAGCGGCGUGGUGCACAUCAGCGAAAGCGUGUGUGUCAUGGAGGCGAAAGUGCUGAGGACGUCGGGCGCCCGGGGCACGGUCAUUGUGCCUUACCGCACCGUGGAGGGGCUUGCGAAGGGGGGCGGCGAGGAUUUCGAGGACACAUACGGCGAGCUGGAGUUCAAGAAUGAUGAGACCUGCAAAGUCAUUCACGUGAAAGUCAUCGACGACGAGGAGUACGAGAAGAACAAGAACUUCUUCCUGGAGCUGGCCGAGCCUCGCAUGGUGGACACGAGUCUCCAGAAAGACGUUCCAGACAGGAAGUUGACGUCUGACGAGGAGGAAGCCAGGCGCAUCGCCGAGAUGGGCAAACCGGUUCUGGGCGAGCACGCCAAGAUGGAGGUCAUCAUCGAGGAGUCCUACGAGUUUAAGAGCACCGUGGACAAGCUGAUCAAGAAGACCAACCUGGCGCUGGUGGUCGGCACCAACUCGUGGAGGGAGCAGUUCAUGGAGGCCAUCACCGUCAGCGCAGACGAGGACGAGGACGACACGGGCGAGGAGCGUCUGCCGUCGUGCUUCGACUAUGUCAUGCACUUCCUGACCGUGUUCUGGAAGGUUCUGUUCGCCUGCGUGCCGCCCACCGAAUACCUGAACGGCUGGGCGUGCUUCGCGGUGUCCAUCGUCGUCAUCGGCCUGCUCACCGCCGUCAUCGGCGACCUGGCCUCGCACUUCGGCUGCACCAUCGGCCUCAAGGACUCGGUCACCGCCGUCGUUUUCGUGGCGCUCGGGACCUCCGUGCCAGACACGUUCGCCAGCAAGGUGGCGGCGGUGCAGGACACGUACGCCGACGCCUCCAUCGGCAACGUGACGGGCAGCAACGCCAUCAAUGUGUUCCUGGGCAUCGGCCUGGCGUGGUCGGUGGCCGCCAUCUAUUGGCACAGCAAGGGCAAGCCCUUCGUGGUGGAGGCCGGCUCGCUGGCCUUCUCCGUCACGCUCUUCACCAUCUUCGCCUUCCUGGCCGUCACGGCGCUGCUGUACCGGCGGCGGGCGCACAUCGGGGGCGAGCUGGGCGGACCCCGCGGGCACAGACUGGCAACGUCGGGCUUCUUCUUCAGCCUGUGGUUCCUCUACAUCCUCUUCUCUAGCUUGGAGGCCUACUGUCAUAUAGAAGGUUUUUAGACGGGACUUCAUCCAAAAAGGACCAGGAGAGGUACGGUAGGACUUCCAACCCUGCCUUGUCUCUCCUUAAACUCACUUCAAGCCCUUCCGCUGGGCUUACACGAAAGGAGGCGCUGCCCACCCUGCGCGGAACUCCAAGGGGAUUGUCCAGAAGAUGCCAAGGAACAAGGUCCAGCGUUCCACUGAAAGGAGACGACUGCAGACUUAUACACGUGGAGAGAGUCUAUUUUUCUCAACAACCUGACCAGGAGCGACACGUUUUUGUUUUUUUAAAAAGAAAAGUAUUUUGGCAAUUUAAAAAAAAAAAAAAAAAAAAAAGGGAACAAAACAAUAACAAAAACAGACGUGAUGGAGUCAUAGUGUUUAUUUAUUUUAAUUUUUUUGAGCUGCAGAAAUCACAACCACAGACGGUUAUUGAACACGACUUCCACACUAUCUGUAACUCUCUAUAAAUAUGAUACAUAGUAUUUCCAUAUUUUCUGUAUAUUUUCAGUGUGCUUACACAAGGUAUGAGGUAUCUGACUACAUCCUGGAAUGACGUCUUGACGUUUUUGAAAGUCACGUGUACUUAUUUUAGUCAUAAAUGAAUACAUAUCUCGCUCUCACACCGCCGCACACCUUUUCGAUCAGAAAUAAGAAUUAAAGAAGUGUUGCUGCAGAGAUACAGUGGAUACAUUCAGAGAGGUAUUUUUCUACUUUUUCCUUCUAUUGCACUUUGCUGUAGACUUCUAUGUAUGGAGCACUUUUCAAGCAAAAUAAAUUUUUUCGAAGGCUGGAUUUAAAAAAAAAAAAAUUUUGCCACUUGGGGACAGCAAACAAGUUGGAAAAAGUAAGAUCUUAAGUGAUUUUUCCACAUCAUUUCAUGCAAAUUACAUAUUUAAUUCAAACUAUUUAAGUAAAUUAUUCUUUUUUUAAAUUAUUUCAUUCAUGGCAUUUUACUUAAUUCAAUUUUAUUAUUUAUUCUUGCCUUUUUUGAAACCGAUCUUAUUUUGUAUUACAAAAAGGGUGGAAGGUAAUAUGUAAUUAAACCACUACUGUAACACCACUACUUAGCAGGCACCUUACCAUUUGUUUUGUUUCAUUUCAUCAAAGUUACCAGGAAGUUACCAUUCAUUAAGAUGGUAUAUUUAUUAUGACAGUACUACUGUAAUAACACCACUACUUAUCCAGUACCUUCCCAUUUUGAUUCCCUAUGUCUACGGAGCGCUAUGCUAAAUGCUAACUGGACCUGUUUAAACCUUAAAUGCACUCACCAAAGGAGAGUUUUUAUUUUUUCUUUAAUAUACAGUGGAACCUCCAAAGUCCAAAAUGGCAAAAUAAUUUAUAAAGACAAUGAAUUGUCUUUCCAGCCUCAAACUGUCAUAUGCUUUCUAGAAAACAUUCUGUGCAAAGUGUUUCUAUUUUUUUUUAAUGUUACAAAAUCCAUAUUCUAAAACUGAAAUAAAGUAAAACUACUCAUCCUUGGGAAAAUGGCUUUUAAGUAAAAGCUAAAAAAAAUUUUCCCCACAAACAUCCCAUUUGUUUUUUAAUCGAUUUGUUCUGUCAUCGCUUGUUAAAAAAGUAAAUGACAAUGACCUUAUCCAAAACACAUUUUGUUCAUUAAAAAAAAAAAAAUCAAUCGGGAAUCAAACUAUGGGUCACAAAUCGAGAUACGGAUCUCAUCUUAACUUUGAUGUAACGUAAUCCUAAUGGUUAUGAUCAUGCUUUUUUUUAUUUAUUUAUUUUUGCCAUCACCGGUACCCUUCCAAAGGGAAAAAAACAAAAAAAAACAAAGAAAAAAUGCACUCUAAAGAAGUCCUGACUUUGAAGGUUCUACUCUAAAGUGCAGUGACACUGUUUGUCCACCAGGAGCAGUGUUUUGUCUUCUUCUUUUCAACUGGAAAAGCUACUGUACAUAGAUGAAACACAAUGGAAAGUUUCACGUGCUUGAGCUCCGUUUGAUCUAUUUGUUAUUUCUCUUUCCGUCACUGAAACCGACAACAUUGACGAUUUUUCUCUCUUAUUAUUAUUUGUGGGUUUUUUUUAUCUGCGCCAGGAUAUGUGGUGGAAAAAAAAAAAAAAAAAAAAGCGAAACAUC